UGGCGUAUUUUCUCUGAAAACAAAUUCAGAAAGUUACAUAGUUUGAGUUUAUUUAAAAGUAUUAAUUUUAAAGGGCUUUUUUUGUUUUGCUUUGAGGGGUGGGAAUGAGGCAGCUCCAGUAUCCUAUUAUUCCUAUUGCAUGGGGAUUUGGGGAUUCUUUAAGUUUCCUUUGGCUUAGGAAGGUGACCUUAAUCCUUGCUGGAACAGCUACCAGAGUGAGGACGGUAUUCUGAUCAAUGUGUUAAAAGGCUCAUUGCAGGACUGCACAGAGAGGUACAGCAGGGAUGGGAGGACCCCAUUAGUCUCAUCAGAGGAAGUAGCCCCAGGUUUGUCAUUGGAGAGCUGUCAGUCCCAUUGCCCAGGUGUGGCAUGCAUCAAAAUAAAGUAAUUUUGACAGGUGUUAGAGCAGAUAACUGAAAUUGUAUGGCAAAGAGGUGCCCAAUAUUGGAAAGUGGAACAAUGGGGACUUUUUAUUCUAGAAGGUGCUGCAGCUACGUGCAUUACCUUCAGGAGAUGGCCUCUUCCAAGUCUUUGAUGAAUCUUCUAACCUUCACUUUUGGAUCGGCAAUAGGAUUUUUUGUAUGCUAUCUUCUGUUUAGCAUUAUACUAGAAGAACAAGUAAAGAUCCAGCCUCAUGUCCUUCACAAUGAUCCGCAUGGUCAGCACUCAUCAGAUACCGAUAGCAAUCAGCUGCAAGGGCAAAUGAAUUUCAAUGCAGACUUUGGACAGCAUAAAGAUGAAAAUAAAAAUAUUGCAGAGGGACUGUAUCAGAAGGUGAAAAUACUGUGUUGGGUCAUGACUGGACCUCAAAAUCUAGAAAAGAAAGCCAGGCAUGUUAAGGCCACUUGGGCCCAACGUUGUAAUAAAAUACUUUUUAUGAGCUCCGAGGAAAACAAAGACUUCCCAACUGUGGGCCUAGAAGCCAAAGAAGGCAGAGACCAACUGUACUGGAAGACUAUAAAAGCUUUUCAGUAUGUGCAUGACCAUUAUUUUGAUGAUGCUGAUUGGUUUAUGAAAGCAGAUGAUGAUACAUAUGUUAUAUUGGACAAUUUGAGAUGGCUUCUUUCAAAAUACAGUCCUGAACAGCCAAUAUACUUUGGAAGAAGGUUUAAGCCUUAUGUGAAACAGGGCUACAUGAGUGGAGGAGCAGGUUAUGUUCUGAGCAAAGAAGCUCUGAAGAGAUUUGUUGCUGCGUUUAAAACAAACAAAUGCUCUCAUAGUUCUUCAAUUGAAGACCUCGCACUAGGAAAAUGCAUGGAGAUCAUUAAUGUGGAAGCAGGAGAUUCUAGGGAUACAAGUGGUAGAGAAACCUUUCAUCCCUUUGUUCCAGAACAUCACUUAGUCAGAGGAUACCUGCCAAAAACAUUCUGGUACUGGAAUUACAAUUAUUAUCCUGCUGUAGAGGGUCCUGGAUGCUGCUCCGAUCUAGCAGUUUCAUUCCACUAUGUUGAUUCCAUGACUAUGUAUCAAUUGGAAUAUUUGAUUUAUCAUCUCCGUCCAUAUGGGUAUUUGUAUCGGUACAAUCCUGAUCCGGAAACCAAUCCAGAAGAGCAAAGCAAAAAUGAAGCACUGGAGGAUAAUCAGAAGCUAAAGCAAAAAGUGACUGAGAGUUAAUUAGACUUUGAAGAAAACAAAAAGAAGUUAGUACAAUAAGUAGGUAGGAGUCUUCUCAAACUCCUGCACGAAGCUUGUGGACUGAAAUUACUGAUAGUGAUUCUUAUUUAAAAAAUCACAUCGGCAGUGCUGCCUGUCGCUGUGUACAAUAGAAUCUGGUGCUGGCUCUGACUGUUUGGGAUAGUGUGACCUUGCUGACCUGCUCAAUGAAGAUUUAGGGCUCUCAAGCUGUGAAACAGGAGGUUGUUCUGAUACAUUAAUACCUGGAAGAAUUUGUGUGAAACUCAUAGUGGAUGGCUUCAAAGAUAGUCAAACAGUAUUUCUGUUCCUUUUUCUGUUCUCCUUUUCCUUCCAGCUGUUCUGUUAGGUAAGUUCUAAUGGUAGAAAGUAGAAUCUGCAUAGUCAAAUACUUGAUGAUGGCUUUCUCUAGUAUUCUCAGUAUCUUGAAAUUAGUUUGUGUACCUUGUCCUACAAGGGAGAUGAGUGAAAAUAGUCUGCUUUGCCUUAAUGGCAGACUGGCUAGUAUGAAUAGGCAGAGAUCCACCCAAACGAUUAAUCUUGAGUUGUUUCAGAAAU